GACUCCCCCGCUCCCCCUCUCCUCCUCCUCCUCCUCCUCCUCCUCCCCUCGGCCUGUCAGUCGACUGUUUUCUCUGUCUGUCGGCGCGUGUGUGUGUGUGUAUGUGUGUGUGUCUGUUAGCUAGCCGCUAGCUAUCAUCAUCACCAUCAACAACCGCAGGAACGACGCGAACAUGGCGGACACAGCCCGGGACCCUCCACCGCAGCCCGCCGACAUCAACGAGCUGAAGGACGGGGAGAACCUGCACCCGAAGCCGGCCGCCACACAGGAGUCGGAACCUGCCAGUCUGCCGGCUCUAGACAUCAGCAGCAACUCAAACGGACCGAAACAAGAGUCACUGUUCAAAGACGAUCCAGAGGACCUGUUUGCAGAGGCCACAGAGGAGGUGUCGUUGGACAGUCCAGAGAGAGACGUCCUGCUGUCUGACGGCCCCUCGCCUGCCAUCACCCCCAUCACCCCUCCCAUCUCCGUCAUCACGCCUCGCAUCGGACACACCCACGACGACAUGUACACACACUCCUCCUUCGACGAGAUCGAGGAGGAGGAGGGUGGCGAUUCAAUCGACAUGCACAUAGCGGUGUCUGACCCCGAGAAAGUGGGGGACGGGAUGAACGCGUACAUGGCCUACAAAGUCACCACGAAGACCUCUCUGUCUCUGUUUCAGACGGGCGAGUUUUCAGUAAAACGGCGUUUCAGUGAUUUCCUCGGCCUGCACAGUAAACUGGCCUCAAAGUACCUGCAUGUAGGAUACAUCGUCCCCCCGGCACCGGAGAAAAGCAUUGUGGGGAUGACCAAGGUGAAGGUGGGGAAGGAGGACCAGUCGUCCAACGACUUUGUGGAGAAGAGGAGGUCGGCGCUCGAGAGAUAUCUGAUGAGGACAGUGAAACAUCCCAUCCUGCUGAAGGAUCCCGACGUGCUGCUGUUCCUGGAGAGCUCAGAGUUACCGCGGGCCGUCAGCACUCAGGCUCUGAGCAGCGCCGGACUCCUCCGGAUGGUCAACAAGGCCGCUGAGGCCGUCAACAAGAUGACCAUCAAGAUGAACGAGUCGGACGCUUGGUUCGAGGAGAAGCAGCAGCAUUUCGAGAAUCUGGACGUUCAGCUGAGGAAGCUUCAUAUGAGCGUGGAGUCUCUGGUCUGUCACAGGAAAGAGCUGUCGGUGAACACGGCGCAGUUCGCCAAGUCGGCGGCCAUGUUGGGGAACAGCGAGGACCACACGGCUCUGUCCCGCGCUCUGUCCCAGCUCGCCGAGGUGGAGGAGAAGAUCGACCAGCUGCACCAGGACCAGGCCAACGCGGACUUCCACCUCUUCUCCGAGCUACUGGGCGACUACGUCCGCCUCAUCACCGCCGUCAAGGGUGUGUUUGACCACCGUAUGAAGACGUGGCAGAAGUGGCAGGACACUCAGAUGCUGCUGCUGAAGAAACGAGAAGCUGAAGCCAAACUGCAGCACACCAACAAACCGGACAAGCUGCAGCAGGCCAAAGACGAGAUCAAAGAGCUGGAGGUGAAGGUCCAACAGGGAGAGAGAGACUUUGAGCAAAUCUCUAAAACCAUCCGCAAAGAAGUCAGCAGGUUUGAGAAAGAGAGAGUGAAGGACUUUAAAGCGAUCAUUAUUAAAUACCUGGAGUCACUGGUUCAGACACAACAGCAGCUGAUUAAAUACUGGGAGGCCUUCUUACCCGAGGCGAAGGCCAUCUCAUAGAGUCCACACAAACACAACAGACAGUCCUGACUGGCUCCGGUCAAACUACACUACCCAUAAUGCACCAGUCCCCCUCGGAUCACCCUCUUCCUCCUCCUGUUAACGAAGAAGAGGAGCGACUCUUUCUGCAGUAAAAGAAAAAAAAUCAACAGCGAAAACUCAGACUGACAUCUUUUCUUCUUCUUCUUCUUCUUUCUGUCUGCUGAACUCUGUGAUGCGUUCAAGUCCUGUGGGAAUUAUUAGCUUCUGCAUUUUUGCACUCCAUAUAAUGUUUGCUUCUGAGGGUGAUCAGAAUUAAGGGGGUCAGAUUAAAACAAAUGUGAAGUACGAGUUACAACGGGGGUAACUUUUAAAUAAAAUAAAAGACGUGUUGAAUUUAUGUUAAUCCCAUGCAACCUGAACGCAGCACGAGUCAUGACCCUGGUGAUGGUUUUUUUUUUUUCUGCACAUAAUUAGAUUCUAUUUGGUAUGGUGUCCUUUUUAAACAACCACGUCGCUGUCAUUUGUUUAUCCCGACACGAGGGGAGCGGAGAAGAGGUGAUGACGGUGGAAGAAUCUCACUCUGUUAAAAACUGUUUAUGUUGAUUAACCUCCAUUUCUCUCAACAAAAACAGAUAUCCAUAUUCAAAGGUAAAGACAUAUUAUAUUGUUUUCCCAAUGAGUUCUCUCUUACAAUGUAUGGAAGCACAUUGUCGCCAAAAAAUAUAGAAGUAAGAAGAUUUAAAAAAGUAAAUAUUUAAAAAUGUGCGUUCGCGAUGUUGAAGAGAUUUUGAAGCUCUGAAAAAAGUCAAAAUUAUGAGACACUGAAUGUAUAUAAAAAAAAAAUAGAGAGAGCUUUACUCAUACCAUCCAGCAACAGAGUCUGAAGCUCUCUGAUUGGAUGUGUCUUGCUGCAGUGUUCUCUGGGAAAUGUAGUUCUGUUUUCUCUCCCAGUGCAGCUUCAACCUUUAGAUUUCUUUCUGUGAAGCAGCGUGUGUCUUUGUGUUUUUUAAAAGCAGGAUUAUAACAUUCAACUGGCUUUUUUUAUUUUAUUUUUACCUUUAUUGAGCACUAUCGGUUGCCAUGGUAACAGCGCUAACAUGCGGAUCUUAAUGGCGUAUUAAGUUCACCUCUCAGUCGAACUAUCCGAGCUGUUCCGGAGUCAGUUUGCAGAAGGACGACCGACUGCAGCCUUUGCUAUUUUGUGUCUUGUACUUCCUGUCGCCUGUUCAGUCUCCUCGCUUCCUGGCAUACCUGUCAAAAUAAGAGCCUUUACUUUAUACUUUGUUGCUGUAUGACCGAAAAAGUGAAGGCAACACUUUCAGUUUCUGAACGUCUUUGAGCUGAAGAGAGCAGAGGAGGAAGAAUCUCACCUCCUGAUGUCGUUCACGGCAGGUUUUAAAACAUUUCCAGGUCGUGAACGUUCUUUAUUUCCUCUGUAGAGAAUAACUAACGCCCCGUGUCCACCGAGCGCUUUUUUCUGAGCACCAGCGUCUUUUUAAAGAUGUUUUCAAUGAGUAGAGAGCGUUCUCAGCAGAAAGCGGCCGCCUGGAGAAAAAGCGCAGCGCCCCGGCAACUUUUCCUCUGAACGCUCCGCCUUUUUUAUGCGACCGCUCCAAGCGCUCAAAUCUUUCAUCUUUUCAGAAAGGCGCUGUCGACGUUAUCGGCGCCCUUUUCCAAAUGUUUGAUAUUCCCCGUAGGUUUAACCUCCCACGGAUCGUGUCUUGUACCCACGUCCUCCUCGCUCCGUGUCAGAUCGGGUUAAAAAACAAUCUCAAAUAUAGAACAUGCAGUAAAAAGUAACGGAGCGGUGUCGGUCAAACAGCGGCCGAUGUCGACAAACUGUUGUCAUGGAGACAGGACGGACGAACGAUCCAACCGAAUAUUUGUGUUACACAAAAUCUAACCAUUCAAGGCAGACCAGCAACUCCUCAGUUCUGCAAGAUAAAAAUGUCAAUAGAAAAAACACUAACAUCUUUAAGGGGACGUAGUCGGUAACGUUUGUGAACUGAAUCCCGGUGUCUUUCUUCCUCCUCCUGGUUUCCCUCAAAGAAAAGACUUUGACGGUUUGAAAUCUGUCCGUUGAAGUUUCGGAAUCAAGCGGCUCGUUAGCAUCUUUAAAUAUUUAAUUCUCGCAGCUGGUGAUGCUAACAUGCUGAGUUCGCUGCAGAUGAAGGGUUUUCCUGUAUAAACAGACUGAAGUGGAGUCAGAUUUCAGAGCGUCCGAGUGUCGAUGUGAGUGAUUGACAGGUGACAGAGUGAGUGUGUGUGUCCGUCCAGAGAGCAGCCUCAGACUGUGAGGGUUAUUUUUUACCGGCUGUGUCUCUUCAUGUUGAUCAGUGUGAGGGCUGCGGUUCAGUUAUGAAACCGUUCUUGAUUUUUGUGUCGUUGAAUUUAAAGCACAUUUCAUUUUUUUUUUUUUUAAAUCCUGAAUCUUUAAAAAAAAUUGUUUCCAUCUUUUCAUGGAUUAAAAUAUUUAAAUGAUCCUUUUCUUUUCCUUUUAAUCUCUCGACCCGACUCUUCACUCUUCAAUCAUAUAAGACUGUAAGUGUUGAUUGCUUCCUUUUUUGUUUUGUUUUCCGUCUUUCUGCCGCCUGAUGAUGUGCAAUGGUUGAGAACUUUCAGUUUGAUUUGAUUUUUAUUUUCACAGAUGAUGAAAUGCUUUUCUCUGAGCAGUUUUUUUUAAAGCUCUUUUGGUUUUGACGUGACAUUCCUGCAGCUGAGCAGACGUUUCAGAAUUGAAUUACAAUAAAGGAAUGUAUCUCAUCUAUA